CUGUGAUUGGCUGAGGUGGGUGAGGCUGGGCGUUCCUUCCGGUCCACACUGUACAGUGGCCUUGCGGAUGCUCCUCUCGCUCAGCCGCUGGACAGUGGUAAAAAUGGCACUGACCCAAGUUUCAAGCAACAAGUGCUGUGAAGGUUAUCAGAAAGUCUUUGAGCAUGAGAGCAAGGAGCUGAAAUGUAAGAUGCGGUUUGGAAUAUAUUUACCACCAAAAGCAGAGAAUGGGAAAUGCCCGGUGCUCUACUGGUUGUCAGGAUUAACUUGUACAGAACAAAACUUCAUAACAAAAUCAGCUGGUCAGCAAGUAGCAGCAGAACACGGGAUUAUCAUUGUAGUUCCAGACACCAGCCCUCGUGGCUGCUGUAUUGAAGGCGAGGAUGAUAGUUGGGACUUUGGCACAGGUGCUGGGUUUUAUGUUGAUGCCACAGAGGAACCUUGGAAGAGAAACUACAGAAUGUACUCCUACAUUACAGAUGAGUUGCCUCGUCUUAUAAGUGCCAGUUUCCCUGUUAUUCCAGAAAAGAUGUCUAUCUUUGGUCACUCAAUGGGCGGUCAUGGGGCUCUAAUCUGUGCUCUGAAAAAUCCCGGAAAAUACAAGACUGUAUCAGCAUUUUCGCCAAUCUGCAACCCCAUGCAGUGUCCUUGGGGCCAAAAGGCAUUUAUUGGAUACCUUGGUUCGGAUCAAAGCAAAUGGGAGUCUUAUGACGCUACCUGUCUGGCGGCUGCCUAUUCAGGACCCACCCUGGAUAUACUAAUUGAUCAAGGAAAGGACGAUCAGUUUCUUGCAGCUGGACAACUGCUCCCUGACAACUUAAUAGCAGCCUGCACAGAGAAAAAAAUACCUGUUGUUUUUCGACUACAGCAGGGAUACGAUCACAGCUACUUUUUCAUUUCUACGUUCAUUGGAGAUCAUAUCAAGCAUCACGCAAAAUAUCUGAAUGCUUAGAAAUACGCAGCCAAUGAAGAGCACCUCAUUCAUUGUUUAAUUAUGUGAUGUAUUGACAUGACGAUUCUCUGAUUAUUCAUACUAUGUCAAAGACAACUUAGUUGAUUUCUUUCCAUCUCUUUUCUUCCUCUCCUCGAUAAGGCUUUUCCAAGAUAGCUGAUGCUUGAGAUGACUUGGAAUCAUUGUAUUCGAUUGUUUUGAAACCUGAAUUCAGAUCGUCUUUGAAAUGGCUAUUUGUAUGACCAUAAGAUUUGUUCUAGAUGUUCUGUCCAAUUCAUAUUAUCACCACACCAAACUGAGAAACCAAAAUGUGAUCCAGAAUAGUUAAAGUGCUGAGGCUUUUUGUAGCAAAAUACUAGUAUUAUUCAGUACAAACACCAUUGGAACAUGCAGUAUAUACAGUUGUUCAAGGUAUUACAAUUUCAAACAACUGCACAACAAAAUUAAAGUUUGCGUGAUUUGUUACAUUUUCAAUUACAAUUUGAGAUGGGAUGGUUUAACUUACCUGCUCUUUCCCCCAAACCUAUUAUAUUUGGCUGUAUAAUCAUUUUCUUUCAUCAUCUCUCAGAAUCAAUUAGGUUUACCAGUGCAGAAAUGAAGCAGGCAAUAAUAGAUCUAGGGUAAAUUUAAGUUAGAUUAAACAUCAUUGCCAAUGUGGCAAUCCAUGAAUUUCCCACAUCUAUAUAUUUUAAAAUGUAGCAGUACUGUAUGCCACGGUGGAUUUCAGGAUGUGUGCGCACCAUGGUGGAUGCCAAAAUAAAAUUGACAAAUUUGUCUUUUUAAAAAUGAAAAUCAGGUAUUUACUAGAGAAAAACAGUAAAAAGCUUUUAUGGUUCAUAAGUAUAUUCAAGAUUCUCUGUUCAUUUACAAACCUUGGCAGUGAAAUGUACUGAUCACCAAGGGCUUUGAAUUGUCCAGUAGAGUUUGAUACUCAUCCACCAUGGCAGUUAAAUUUAACUCAGAACCAGCUGCCUCAACUAACAUUUUGUGCUAUUUUAGAAGCAGAUUCAUCAUACCAUACUUCUACUGUACUUGACCGAAUGCUGCAGUGAAUAUUAGAACAAGGAUACAAUUGAUUAAAUAUUCUUCUGUUAUCUGGAAUAAAUGUGGAAUUGUUUUUGUAAUCCUUCGAUUGACAAAAAAUGUAUGGAAUUAAAAGUUGAUCAGUUAGUUGAA